AUGCCUCGUCGCAGCUCGAGCGCAAGAGGGCCGUAUCUCACAUCACAACGACCUGGAAUCAGUUCGAGGGGGUCGACGCUGUCGCUGCUGUCGAAUGAUUCGUCUUCCUCGCUCCUGGCCUCGUCCAAACGUGCCAACGGCUCCACCCUGAAGCAGUCCUCCACUGUCGACGACGCGCCUGACUCCGAAGACAUCCUCGCCAGGAUCCUCGGCCCUACUCCCGAGAGCCCGGUUUCCGACGAAGGGCAGGCUCGGCGUAUAACCGACGAUGAUUUGGAGUUCGACUUCGACUUCGGCGGUCUAGCUCUGCGUGAGCUAGCAACCCAGGAGGGCGCCCAAGAAGAAGAGACAUACAAAUCUCAGACCGUAGAAGACUAUGAACGAGACAAGGCCAAGUUCGAAGAGCUGCAUCGGUCGAUCCAGGCAUGCGAUGACAUCUUGUCCUCGGUCGAGACAAAUCUCACCAGCUUUCGCAACGACCUGGCCGCCGUUUCCGCGGACAUUGAAAGUCUGCAAGCUCGCUCGACUGCCUUGAAUGUCAGGCUGGAGAAUCGGAAGGCCGUGGAGAAGGGCCUCGGUCCCGUCGUUGAGGAGCUGAGCGUGUCGCCACUUGUGGUGUCCAAAAUAUCCGAGGGGCACAUGGACGAAGCAUGGGUUAAGGUACUCGCUGAGGUGGACAAGAGGGCUACGAAUCAUAAGAAGAAUUCACAGCAAAUACAAAGCAAGGCCAUGGCUGAUAUAGGCCCGCUGCUGGAAAAAUUGAUACUCAAGGCGAUUGAACGAAUACGAGACUUCUUGGUAGCCCAGAUCAAGGCCUUGCGGUCGCCUCAGAUCAAUGCCCAGAUUAUCCAGCAGCAGAACUUCUUGAAGUUCAAGGACCUUUUCUCAUUCCUACAGCGGCACCAACCGGUACUUGGCGGCGAGAUAUGCCUCGCCUAUAUGAACACAAUGCGCUGGUACUAUCUUAACCAGUUCACCCGCUACGCAAAAGCGCUGGAGAAAAUCAAACUCCAUAUACUCGACAAGAAUGACGUUCUCGGCCACGAUGACGUUUCGAGGAGAGCUACGGUCCUCUCUGGCUCGAAACUGGCGGGCGCUCCCCACGAUGCCUUCAACCUCGGAAAGAGGAUAGACAUGCUCAAAACCAACAACCAGGUUGCCUUGUCGUCCUACUUGGCUGAAGAAGACCAGUCAAUGCACUAUCUCGAAGUUCCCUUCCGCAAUUUCAACCUGGCUCUGAUUGACAACGCCACAGCGGAAUACACGUUUCUCGCCGCUUUUUUCACCCCGGCGCUCUCAUUCUCUGCCAUAUCGCGCCAUUUCAACUACAUCUUCGAGCCCACCUUCUCCAUGGGCCAGGGGUUAACCAAACAGCUGGUCGCCGACACGUUUGACGGGCUCGGAUUGCUACUGUGUGUCCGCCUCAACCAGCACUUUGUCUUUGAGCUGCAGCGGCGGCGCAUCCCGGCAGUCGACGGUUACACCAACGGCACCGCCAUGGUCCUAUGGCCACGCCUCCAGAUGGUCAUGGACGCACACUGCGAAUCGGUCAAGACCCUGACAGCGGCCCUGCCGUCCCGCGCUCCGUCGGCUACCAGCGCCAAGGCAGCUUCGGCCGCUCCUCACGUUAUCACCCAGCGCUUCGGUCAGCUCCUACACGGCAUCUUGGCGCUCAGCACCGAGUUUGGCGACGACGAGCCCGUUGUCAUCAGCCUGCGCCGCCUGCGAACCGACAUGGAGGGCUUCUUGACCAAGGUCGCCCAUGCCACCCUCGGUGCCGACAAGCGCAAGCGCGAUCGCUUCCUCUACAACAACUACAGCCUGAUCUUGACCAUUAUUAGCGACGUCGGGGGCAAGCUGGCCAUUGAGCAGCAGGAGCAUUUUGAGGAAUUAAAACUUGGCGUUCAAGAGUCUGUGUGA